CCGCCUGGAAAUCAACAAGGAAGUCGUUUUUAAGGCGCCAAUUUUGUGUCGCUGCCGACAAGUUUGUCUGUGUUUUCAGUUUUUAACUGGCACUAUAAUCGCGACAAUGACUGAAAACACCUUCCCCGUCUAUACUGCGGAUGCGAUAGUGAACUUUUACCGAACCGAAGUUCUCACUGGUCAAGAGGCCAAACAUUUCACGAAGAGCGACCUGACUCCAGCUCCUAAGCCAGAGGCAGUUCAAACGCUCUACAUGAGGGUGUUGCAUCUCCUGUAUCGUUUCAGACCCGAGUGUCACUCCAUGGUUCCACUUUUGGAGAAUAUUCAGAACCCAGUAUAUCAUGAGGGGACCACUGCUAUCACAAGCGUCUACAUACGCAUGCAGCAGUUUCUGCCAAUGUGCUUGGUGUACGAUUUUUCACUGAACGACCUUCUAGCUCCAAAAAAACAGAAGACUCUGACUAUUCUGAGCGCCAUCAUGAACUUCCUUCACUUCAGGAAGCAGAGGAUGGACAUGAUCUUCGAGAAGCAGGCCAAAUUUAGGGCAGACAUGGACAGGCUGCAGGCUUACACCAAAGGAAACAUAGAAGCAGAGAAGAAGAUUGAGAUGCUGACAACCAUCCCUCCAGAGCAGCAGGCCGAGGCCGACGAGCUGGCAGCCGCUCUGUCUGAGCUGCAGGCCACCAACAUCCACGAAUACCAGGAAGUGGAUGCAAAAAAUGAAAGCAUCGCAGAGUGGAAAGCCAAAAUUGCGGAGAAGACUCAGAAACUGGCCCAGGUGAAGGUGGACGUCUGCUACCUGAAGGAGGACAUCGGCAAACUCAAGUCUCAGAUCGUGGAGUCUCCAGAGGAGCUGAAGACCCAGAUGGAGAAGAUGAGGGAGAAAGUCAAGAACAUUAAGAACUCCAUUACGGAGACAGACGAGCGCAUGGUGGAGCUGCAGAACAUGGUGCAGAGUGUGACUCACACUGAGGCCGAGGUCCAGCAGAUGUACAACCUUCUGCAGGACCUGGAGAGCAGCAUGAACAACACCAAGCAGAGAGCGGAGGAGCACCAGGAGCUGACGGCUCAGUAUGAGAAGAAGCAGAAGGAGCUGAGGAACCUGUGCGUGGAGGAGGGCCAGCUGAGGAGAGCGCUGGGCAUGAAGCUGGACAAAGAGUCCAAACAGAACAUCCGCAGGCAGAAGAAGAGAGAGAUGAAGGAGCAGCAUGUUCAGGACGUUCUGGGGCAGUGCAACCAAAUCCACCAGAAGCGAGAGGAGAUGGCCGACAGAAUCCAGGAGAUCUCCAGAGAGACGCAGCAGCUGAAGGCCAAGAUGCAGAGCCUGAGGGACGUCUGCAGCAAGGAGACGGCCAAAGCUCAGGCUCUGUACGACACCCUGACGGCUUCCAUGGAGGAGCUGCACAGGAGAAUCGAGACGCACAUCGUGGACCUGAAACAAGACGUCACCAAGAUGUCUGCAAACUUUUAAACAGAUCAUUUUACGUUUUCAUCGUUCAUUACUUACUCCACUAUGUGUUUUUUACUCUUCUAACCUUUUGUUGCCUUUUUGACCGUUACUAUUUAAAAUGUUUAUAAUAGAUUUGUAUACAAGUUAAU